CACGCCUAGAGCGAUUUCGAACGCACUCCUAUUGUCUCUAGUUGUCAUUGUCAAUCCAAAAAAAAAUAAACAAAUAAUUAAAUUGAUCCGUGAGAAUUUUACAGGUAGUUGACCUAGAUUCUAGAUAAAAGUUGUUCCUGUUCAAAGCCUACAGUUCCUACUCAAUUGUUGCUAUUGUAAUUAGAUUCACAUUGGUGAACUUGUAGUUGUAGCAGCAUAGCAGAUAACAUGGCAGAAGCUGUAGUCAAUACGGAACACGAUGUUAAUGAUAAAAGUCCAGAAUGUCCAGUAUGUCUCCAACCCUAUGUCCAUCCAGCCCAACUGCCUUGCGGCCACAUUUUCUGUUAUUUAUGCGUCAAAGGCUUCGCCAAUCAAAGUAAACGUUGCGCCAUGUGUAGACAAGAAAUCCCCAGGGACUUUUUCGAGCAGCCUCACCUACUACAACCUGUAGAAACCGUUGAGGAGAAUUUCGACGGAGGCUACCAAUGGUUUUAUGAAGGUCGAAAUGGUUGGUGGCAGUACGACGAACGCACUAGCAAGGAAUUGGAAAAUUCAUACAAAAAUGGGGAUAAAAGUGUCGAACUAUUGAUUGCUGGAUUUUUGUAUAUCGUCGACUUUGAAAAUAUGCUACAGUUGAGAAGGAACGAUCCUUCAAGACGAAGACAAAUUAAAAGGGAUGUUUCAACUAUAUCUAAAAAAGGUGUUGCUGGAAUCAGAUCGCACAACCCCCAAUUACAACAGCCAGAAAUAAGACCUUCAAGUCCAACAGAAGGUCGUAGUGACAACGAUCAUCUGACUCCAACAACGCCGUCAAAUACCCCUCAAAGUCCUACAAGUGGCCGAGAAUCUCCGAGUCGUAACGAGCAAGACUUACAAGCCACCGUCGAACUGAUUAGCAAUCUGAGGAUCGAUUCGGUUUAUUGCAAUAGAUCUGAUGCCAAUAAUUCCGAUAAUGGUAAUUCUGAUGUCGAAUAAUCUUUUGACUUUUUGAAAAAAUGUAUUUUAUGAUGGUUGAAUUGAAUAUAUGAUUUUAAUUGUUGAAAAAAAAAAGUUUACUUUUAUUUUAUGCCUUCAACUAGAGUGGACAUUUAGAAAAAUAUUCAUUACUAGAAAGCUUCUUUAUUUCCAAGAUAUACAACAUAAUAUAGAACUAAUAAAUAUAACUAAAUAACAAAAUAAUAAUUAACAUAAAAUAUAUAUUAUAUCACUUUGGGUAAAUUAAACAAUUAUUUAUUUAUCAAUUUGUAAAACAGAAAAAAAAAAUUAAAGCAAUUGGUAAAGUUUUUGGUGUAAAAUAAUAUUUGUUGAAAAAAGUCUGUGAUGUAUUUGAUAAUGCUAGGUAACAAAGGCUCUUAGUCUAGGUAUAGGCCUUUGUUCUUAUUGCAAGUAAUGGUAAUUGGCUAAAUUUUGAUAGAUUGAACAAAGGCAUAUACUAACCUGAACAGAAGGUAAUCAAAAUGUUUUUAUUAAAAAUUAUAUUUGCCUGUACAGGGUGGUCCAAAUUGGACACUUUCUUAUGGAAACACCCUUUAUUUUUAGAGAUAGAAAAAAAUGAACCACCCACUCUGAGGCUCAAAUUUCAUGAAAUUUUGAUUGGUGCAAACCGCAUUUUGAUAUCUUCAACCGUUUAGCCGCUAGAGGGCGUUUCUCGAUUUUGAGCAAUACUGUGAAACCUUCAUAACUUUUUUGUUUAUGAAAAUAAUUGAUUUCCGUAAAGACUUCCUAGAGGCACUUUUUUAAGAUGAAUUCAGUGACGUUCUCAGUUUUUUUCUAAUUGACUCGGAUUUCGAGAUAUUGAUCAAAAUUCGAUUUUUUUCAAUAGAACACCCUAUAUAUUAAUAGCUUAUUGGAAAACUCUGCUGACCUUUCUCGUUUUCCUUACAGAUAUAAAGACCUUUUCCAACACAUUGUGUCUUAUGACAAAAAUCGAAAUAAUUUUUUUCUCGGAAACCGUUGGAGAUAAACGUAUUGAAUUUUAUAUCAUUGAAAUCAGCAAAAGCAGAGCUUUUCAAUGAGCUAUUAAUAUAUAGGAUGUCCUAUUGAAAAAAAUCGGAUUUUGGUCAAUAUCUCGGAAUCGGAGCUAAAUAGAAAAAAACUGAGAACGUCACUGAAUUCCACUUAAAAAAGUGCUUCCAGAAAGUCUUUACAGAAAUGAAUUAUUUUCAUAAAUAAAAAAGUUAUGAAGGUUUCACAGUAUUGCUAAAAAUCGAGAAUCGCCCUCUAGCGGCUAAACGGUUAAAGAUAUCAAAAUGCGGUUUGCACCAAUCAAAAUUUCAUGAAAUUUGAGCCUCAGAGUGGGGGGUUCAUUUUUUUCUAUCUCUAAAAAUAAAGGGUGUUUCCAUAAGAAAGUGUCCAAAUUGGCCCACCCUGUACAUACAAGACGUUUUCCUCGUGAGUUAAAACACAAAAUUUGUUGUUCAAAACUCCCUAUACUACAUAUAAGGAUAAAUUCUUUACUAGGUUUGUGAUGAGUGAUCUGCCUGCGUCGUUGUUGAUUCUUGUCGUUGAUGCUGGACGCCGCCCCACAACCAUCCUAAAGCUUUAUUGAUGUUAGAAAGCACCCAAGGAAAGAACUCUGCACUUUCCAUUACUUUUCCGCACAUACAUUUUAGGUAAUCGGUACACUGGGUUAAGGAAUAUUUACUCUUUAAGAUUAUUAAUGAUUUAUAUAAGGUACCUGUCCCAAAUAAGGCCACAUUAAGAAGUUUUAUUUUUUCCUAACAUUAUCCACCGAACCCAACAAAAAUCACAAGCUUAUAUGUGAAGUGUUUGGCUUCUAUUACAUGAAUAUUAACUCCAAUUUAUUUAUUUUCUUAUAUAAGUGGUGGUUUUUGCGUGAAAUAAAGACGCUUACCAUUGGCCUUAUUUGGAUCACUAUGCUCCUAAUAAGGCCACCAUUAAAAAAUGUUUAAAAUAAAUACAAUUAUUCAUAAAAAUAUUAUUAUUUGAGAAAUAGUAUACAAAAUAGAACUUAUACGUUUGCUGCAUUCCUAAAAAAAAACAUAAUUCCAAGUCCCGGGAUGGUGAUCCAUAUAGGUCUAAACAUACAACUAGAAAAAAUGAACCGCAGCAUCUCUUGCCUGGUUAGACUCCAUCCAAGCUCCAGGCAUUUCAAAAAACAUCACUUAGGUAAUAAUAAAAUAAUAUGACACAUUCUUUUAAAAAAACACUGUGAUGUGAAGCCAAUUGAACAUUUUUCGUAUGAUGGCCUUAUUAGGAAAAUGUUAAAUUGAUAAAGAAAAGUCUGUAACUAGAGAGCAAGCAAAAUCAAAUUCUGUACUUACUCUGUAGCUUUCUCAAUACAUAAAUAUCCGUUAAAAAAUUACAAUCGCUCCAUUCACUUUGUAAACAUGUAUAUAAGCUAAUUGAGUUCUAGCCUUAAAGUUAUAACGUGAUAUAUAUGAAAUAUGUGGUUGGCCAUCUUUCGACAUAUGACGAGUUGCUAGAACCCGUGCAAUAAUUUUUGAUUUGUUUUAUAGAUUUAUUUUUUAAUAAUAUCUUAGUUUUUGAAAAUGUGAUUCAAUAUUAAGUAAUAAAGGGGACUGGCUUUAUUAGGUACAUGGCCUUAUUUGGGUCAGGUACCUUAUAGAUAAAUAAUAUUAAAAAAAAAAGGAUAUUAUAUAGUCCAAGGUGGAUGUCCUUCGUUUAUGUAAAGUACAUACAUAAAUCCAUCUUUGCAUUUACCCUGAAUUGAAUAAUAAUAUGGUAAAAAGUUGUGUAGUCUAAAUCUGAAAAAUUUGAUUUCUUUUAUUGACAAUUGUUUAUUUUUUUGAUUACUUACUUUCUCCUUUCAUAAAACACUAUGGCAGCCGAAUUGGUAGUGAGCACGUGCAAAAAAACCGCUUUCACUUUUCUUCUCUCGGGUGUCGUCAAAUUUUUCAAUAAAGAAUCCAAUAAUAAAGUAGCUAUCCCAUUUCUACGAUAUUCCUUCAUCACUCCUAAUGAUAAAAUGUAGGCUACAUCACAACUGCUAAACGAUUUCGCUAAAAUGCCCGCAUCUUCUUCGUUCAGACACGAAUAGGGUUUAAUUUCUGCUACAAUCAGGCCUAUUAUUUGUUGAUUGUAAACGGCAGCCAGUGAGUAAAAACGACUAAAAUAAUUUGUGGAUACGAGACACACGUCACAAUCAUCAUUAAACAACUAUUUCAAUAAUCGAAUAAAAAUAUAACUAUACCUAUUGCUAGAAGUGAUUUCCUCGUACCAAUAAAAUGGGUAUUCAAUAGGAAACCAGUCCUGGCAAAGCGCUCUGACUUCGUCUAAAUCGUUUGGACAUAAAAAUCUUAAUUGUACAUCAGCUAAGGAACGCAAACAGAUUUCUUUUUUGUCCAUUAUUCUUGAGUUGUAGCAACAAUAUGGUAAUGUGAAUUUUUCAUCUGAUUGAUACCUAUAAAAAAUUACACCUAUACUUAAAAUUAAUUAUUCGACUAUUGACUAGAAAAUUGUUAGAAUAAAUACUCAUAAAAUAGAAACAGAAAUGAAGCUUGUGUAAUUUUCUAAGAGUAAUUUUAAGGGCAAGUUUCACAAACAGUGGUAACCACACUGGUAACCUACAAUAUAUCUGUUUCAUAAUGUGUAGUUUUGCCAAAACCAUUGGCCAAGCUUCAGAAUAUUCAAUGUCGUCAAUCUGCAACCAUGAGUUUUAUAACCAGUGCAGGUUACCACCAAUUGUGAAACUGGGCCUAACUGUUUCAAAGGUAUUCUCUGUAGGUAAGUAAUGUCAAGUGAACUGAAUUUAUAAACUUGAGUUUUGCAUUGCCACUCAAGAUACUUUGACUACUGCGCUGUCACCAUAGGCUGUCACUCAACUUUUGUCAUUGUUUUUAACAUACACCUUAACUAGGAACUGGAAAAUCAUUUGUAAUUUAAUUUGACUAAAAGCCAAAUUGACUGCAGUGGAUAAUCUUGGAACAGUCCUAUUUCAAUUGUAAUAUCUGACGGUCCUGUAGGCUGUGAUCGUUAUCUCCCAGUUCUAGAGUUUUCCAUACCUGUUGAUAAAGCUAACUUGCUGAAGCCUCUCUGAUCCAGAAAUCUUUGAUAUUUUGAAUGCCAUCAUUAAUGACUUAAAACUAGAAAACACAGAAAGG